UUUGAGGAUUUUAUUUGAGCUCAUCGGCUUACAAGGCUAAGUAUGUGGGCCAUUCGACUGGGCUAAAGCUCACAUAACACCACUACGUUCUAUGAAGGCGAUUGCCCACUGUUCUAUUACGCCCAUGCUUCAGCUUUGCACGCAUGAUCAAGGCGGGCCUCACCACUCCCUCCGUCCGCUCCUUUAAUCUCCUCCUCUCCUUCCUCCUCUUCGAAGCUCGCAAGCCCCACCUCGUCCUCCGUCUCUUCUCCCAAAUCACCUCCAACUCGCUCCCCGUGGACCCCCACACCCACUCCCUCGUCGCCAGCACCGCGCCCGCCCUCGUUCGAUCCCGCAGCUUCCACGAUGCAUGUCGCUUCAUCUCCCGCGCUCCUCUAGACUUCGGUUUUGCACCCAGGAGAUCCCUUGUCGAAUCCCUCAUCCGUCAUAUCUGCGUCGCCGAACGAAAUCCGGACGGAGCCCUCUGUUUCCUGCAAGAGUGCGUCCGGAACCGUGGUGUCUUUCCCUCCCCCGGCUCCUUCCGCUCGGUGGUUGUGGCAUUCUGUUAUCUGGGUAGGUUGGAUAGAACAGUCGAGGUGUUGGAGGCCGCAGCUGAUAUGAAAGACCAUAUCUUGACCGACAAUUUCGUUUGUAGUUCCAUUAUCUCCGGGUUCUCGAGGAUCAGGGAGCCGGCGCUUGGUCUGGACUUUUUCGAAAGAGCAAGGAAAGUCUUUCUUCCUAAUCUCGUCACCGUUACGACUGUGGUCGAUGCACUGUGCAGGGAAGGUAGAAUCAACGAGGCCUGCGAUCUGGUUCAUAUGGAAGGCCAGGGAAUGGCGCUCGAUGCCGUUCUGUAUAGCUGCUUGAUUGAUGGGUAUCUGAAGAGAGGUGACCUGAUGGAAGGUCUUCGGAAGCACAAACUCAUGGUGGAUAAGGGAAUUACUCCAGAUGUAAUUGGUUAUACUAUCAUCAUUGAUGGGUUGUGUAAAGAAGGAAAUGUAGAGAAAGUGAUCGGUUUUCUGGAAGAAAUGGAGAGCAAAGGUGCGCAUGCCAAUGUGGUGAUUUACACAGCUGUAAUUCAUGGUUUCUGCCGGAGGAACAAGUUGGAGGAAGCAUUUUGUGCCCUGAGGAAAGUGGAAGAGUUGGUUUUUGUUGCGGUUGAGUUUGCAUAUUCUGUAUUGAUUGACGGAUUAUGUAGGAAGGGAGACUUGGAUAGAUUUUUUACUUUGCUUGAGGAAUCGGAGAAGAAAGAGAUUAAAGUUGGAACAGUGACAUAUAACACAUUGAUCAAUUCCCUGUGUAAAGCUGGCCAAGCAAGCAAGGCAAAUGAGAUCUUAAAGGGCUUUACCGGUGAUAAUUUCACCUAUGCGACAUUGUUACAUGGAUACCUGAAGGAAAUGGAUGUGACAUUGUUCGUGACAUUGUUCUUGCAAAGUUGCAAUGUCCUUAUCAAGGCUUUGUUUAUGGCAGGUAUGAUUCAAAAUAGUUGUAAGCUGUUUGAUGAAUUACCUAAGAUGGGCUUGUCUGCAAAUUCAAUUACUUAUUGUACUGUGAUUGAUGGCUACUGUAAGGCAGGAUUGAUUGAAAGGGCACUUAUAGUGUUUGACGAGUAUCGGAGAGAUUCCUUAUUCGCUAGUGCUUCUGCUCAUAAUUGUAUUAUCAGAGGACUAUGUAGACAAAAUAUGUUAGAAAUAGCUCCAGCAGUUUUUGAAGACCUUGUUGAAAGAAACCUAUCCCCCGAUUUAAUUACUUGUAGGAUGCUAAUUCGAGCUAUUUUUGAAAAAGGUGAUGGUGAAGCAGUGUUGAAAUUUAUUCACAGAAUGGAGAAAUUAGAACCUGAGCUUCUCAUUUUGAUAUGCAAUGAUGCUCUUGUACUUUUAUGCAUAAAGGGAUGUUUUUCCGGUUGCAUUGGAUGCCUUUUACGAACCAGAGAUAAACAAAUCUCCGAACUUGUAAUAAGUGAAUUCAUCAAGAUAUAUGGAACUUUUGAACCUCAGAUUACAAAUGCCAUGUUCCUUUACCUUAGCAAGAAAAAUGUGGACAAAGCUAUUCAUUUUCUAAAUGUUAAAUGCAAAAGGAUCAUUUCAGUUAGUGCCUUGACCACGGUCAUUGACACUUUUAAGAAGGAACCUAGAAUUGAAGAUGCUUACCAGUUUUUAUUGCAAUCUGAAGAAAAUGGAGUUCCUGUGGAUGCAUUUGUUCACUCUCUUGUGGUGGAUGGACUUUGCAAGUCAGGUUAUCUUGAAAGAGCUCUAUAUCUCUGUGGAAGCAUGAAAAGAAAGGGGAUAUACCCUAAUGUUGUCAUCUACAAUUCUGUAAUCAAUGGUUUGUGCCAGCAAGGAUGUCUAACUGAAGCAUUCAGAAUUUUUGAUUCUUUGGAGACCUUUUCUAUGCCUCCUACAAUUGUUACUUAUUCUACUCUUAUAGGUGCAUUAUCUAGAGAAGGUUUCCUGGAUGAUGCAAGCCAAUUAUUUAAAAGGAUGAUCAUUAAGGGUAUUAUACCAAAUACAUCAGUUUUUAACAAACUGAUAAGUGGGUAUUGCAGCUGCAGAUUGGUUGAAGAAGCCUUGGAUCUCCUCUCAGAUUUGGAAAAAAUUGUUAAUCCAGAUGAUUAUACAAUUGCGGCUAUCCUAAAUGGGUUUUGUCAAAGAAGGGACAUUGAAGGUGCCCUAGGCUUUUUUACUGAGACCAAAACGAGAGGAUACUUUUCAGAUUUCUUGGGUUUCAUGAAUCUCGUAGAUGGACUCCUUGCGGAAGGAAUGAUGGAGGAAGCAAGGAGCAUUUUAAGGGACAUUCUGAAGCGUGCAGAAAUUGUAGAUCUGAUAAAUAAUGCUGGAGAUGAGCUUCAUGUAGAGUCCUUAGAUAGUCUCCUAUCUCUUGCAUGUGAGCAAAGAAGAAUCAAGGAAGUCAUACUUGUUCUAAAUGAAAUUAGUUAUUUGUCCAUAUCUUCCACAAGGUCUAACAGUGGUAGAGUGUUUCUGAAACUAAAGGAGCUGCAUGGUUCAGGUGUUUUAGAUACAGAAAACAAGAUAGAUGGAAGAGGCGUUCAUCGUCUGCUGGUAGCAGAUGUUCAUGGGACUAAUAUAAAGGGCGGAUUUAUUGUGAAGGUGGAUGAAGAUAGUGACAAGGAAAUAAAUGAAUAUUUGAUGGAAAAACCACUAGGCUAUGACUUUGCAACCUACUAUUCCAUCAUUUCAUUGUUGUGUCAACUAGGGGACCUGCAGAAGGCUAAUGAAGCGGCCAGAACAAUUCUUCAAAAUCCAGAGAAAGUCUUCAAUCCGUCCAUCCCAACUCUUUGAAGAGUAAAGA